CUUGUGAUAACGACAAAGUGAUGUGAAAUCGAAAAGAGAAUCGAAUAAGAUUAAUCUGAAAGAAAAUAAGGACUCUUGUUUUGCUUGUAACUAAUAAACAAAAGUGAUAUAUUAAGAAGAGUGUUAUGUUUAAAUUACCUAUCAUCGCAGACCGAAGUUAGCGAAGUCAGUAUUUAUAGUGAACGAUUGGACGUAGUUGUAGACUUUCGCAUAUUGCUUGAUUAUUUUCUACUACCUAAGGUUAAUCUUAAUUUAAAUAUGACGGCAGAGGAGGAAGAUACAACUUGGUUGAUUGAGCUAGAAUCUGCGCUUUUAGAUGGUUGCUCUGCACAGGAAAUAAAUCUUAUCACCAAAGGUAAAAAAAUUCCGGAUAGUCUUAGAGCAGAUGUAUGGCUGGUAUGUCUAAAUUGUCAAGACAGUGGCAAUCAAUUGCUUUUGUUUGAUGAAAUAUUUGAUUUAUCAAACCAAAAUGAGCUUAGAGACGAUGUUAAAAAAUUUGUUAAAAAACUCGAUAAUGAUGAUGAUGAAAAGCUGUCUGUCAUAUCAGAUAUUGAAUCAAUCAUAACAUUCUAUUGUAAAUCUAAAUCAAUUAACUACAGCCCAAAUAAUGGAUUAGUUGAGAUAUUAUAUCCCCUUCUAAGUUUAAAAUUGCCAAGGUCUGAUACUUAUAAUUUGUUUGAAAAGAUUUUAAAAUUAUACAUUCCAAAUGGUUGCGUGCCCAAUGGUGUACCAUUUCACAUAUUGAGAUUGAUUAUACAAUAUCAUGAUCCUGAACUUUGUUCAUUUUUGGAUACAAAGCGAAUCACUCCCGAGCAAUAUUGCAUGCCCUGGCUUCGAUCCCUUUUUGCUGGCACCUGCAACUUGGAAGUUGUUCUCUUCAUGUGGGACUUAUACUUCCAAAGAUCUGAUCCAUUCUUUAUUUUCUUCUUGUGUCUUAUCAUGAUUAUUAAUGCGAGGGAACAGUUAUUGCAAAUGAAAGAUGAGAAUAAGACAACUAUAAUUGAAACAUUAAGAAAAAUGCCAGGGGAUUUAGAAGCAAAUGAUGUCUCUGAUUUCUGUUCUUUAGCUCAUUACUAUUCUUUGAAGACACCUGUGUCAUUCCGAGAGGACGUUCUCGAGGUACUAUUUUCCGAAAGUGGCCUAGAAAUAAAUUCAAAAUUAUAUUCACAAGCGUUAUGUCUUCCUUUGGCUGUCCAUGAACUUAUUGAGAGUGCAACUGUGGAUGCAGUGGACUCGGAUACUGUCAAAUUCUUUUUAGUUGAUUGUCGGCCAGCAGAGCAGUAUAAUGCAGGUCACCUUUCUACCGCUUUUCAUUUGGAUUGCAAUCUUAUGUUACAAGAGCCUAAUGCUUUCAACACAGCUGUGCAGGGAUUGCUGAAUGCACAGCGCCAGGCAUUAGCCGCCGGUUCCCUUGCGGCUGGAGAACAUUUGUGUUUUGUUGGUUCUGGGAGAACUGAAGAAGAUAGCUAUGCUCAUAUGGUGGUGGCUUCCUUCCUUAAAAGAAAUAUAAAGCAUGUUUCUAUGCUUGAUGGAGGUUUUGUUGCUAUACAUGAUUACUUUGGGCCACAUAUGACAGAUUGCUUGGAGGAUCAUAACCCAGCUACAUGUUUGGUGUGUGCACCUAAUAAUAACAAUUUAGGGAAAGAAGUGAGAGAAUCCAAACGAAGGGACAACAUUCCAGCUAUACAACUAUUUAGCAAAUUGUCUUCAGCAAUGAAGGCAAAAAGUCAAGAAGUAAAAGGAAAACUGAUUGAAUAUAUUGUCAAUCCUAAUUCAGGUGCUAACAUAAGUGAAUGGCAUGUUUCUGCAACUGAUAGAAAAGACAACAGGUAUAGAAAUGUUCCCCCGGUGUUCAGUAUCAAUGAUGAAGAGGAAGAUGACUAUUCUGAUAUGAGACGCGAUGCUGCAAGCAGUGAAAUGUUGGAUGAAGUGAUAGAUAUACAGUCAUUCCUUAAAAACCAAAAUGUAAUUGAUAGUUUUCAAUGUCAGGAAGUAUUGUACAACGGACAUAUGUAUGAUUCAUAUCUAGUGAUAACAGAAACUCAUUUGAUAAUUUUACGUGAAAUUCCAAACAAAAAAGGCCUUGCAAAGGUGUUAUCUAGGAGAUUGCUAUCAACUAUUGUUAAAAUCACUGCGAAAAAAAGACAUCCUGAGCUAAUUACUUUUAAGUAUGGUGUUCCGGAUGGCGACAACUUGCUUAUUAAAGAUAUGGACAGGUUUCUCAUUCCAAAUGCAUCUUUAGCAACUAAAGUUGUAUCAAAUCAAAUAGUCACACAGCUAGAUAGUAAAGUUUAGACAAGUUUAUAUAGUAUUGAUUAAUUAGUCAUGUACUUAGUGGUUCAUAAAGUCAUUAAUGAUCUUAAAACUACAUAUAAAAAAUAAUGAAUAUUAGAUUUGUCACAUAAUGCUUAUGAGCACCGAAGUUUGUAGUCAAGUAUCCAUACUAAUAUUAUAAAUGCGAAAGUAACUCUGUCUGUUAUUCAAUCACGCCUAAACUACUAAACCAAUUUUCAUGAAAUUUGGUAUGGAGAUAUUUUGAUACCCGAAAAAGGACAUAGGCUACUUUUUAUCCCGGGAAAAUGACGCAAUCCCGAAAAUCACACGGGAACGGGAACUAUGCGGACUUUUCUUUGACGAAGCCGCGGUCGGAAACCUAGUUAUUUCUAUAAAUA